AUGGCAGCAAUUAUAAUAAGGACUGUCGCGUAUCAUGGGGCCACCUUCAGGGAACCCGUGACGUGGCUGUGGUCGCCAGGCUCGGCUCCGGUUGCGCACCGCUCCCUUUCCAACAGGGUGGUGGCUCCGCUCCCCACAGCGCUGUUUAUCCACCGCCUCCCAGCUCCGCCGCUCCAGCCGGCAUUCCCGGGCANCGCGCAGCGGCACCUCAGCGGCUGGGCCAUGCGCAACACCAACAACCACAACUGCCAGAUCCUCAAGAAGUCCUGCCUGGGAGUGGUGGUGUGUGCCCGGAGCUGUGCUCUGCCCGGCGGGGCCAGGCUGCAGCUCCGACCCGCCAUAUGCGACAAGGCUCGCCAGAAGCAACAAAAGAAAGCCUGCCCCAACUGUAACUCUGCCCUCGAGUUGAUUCCUUGCCGGGGACACAGCGGCUAUCCGGUCACAAACUUCUGGAGACUUGAUGGCAAAGCAAUAUUUUUCCAGGCUAAAGGAGUCCAUGACCACCCCCGGCCGGAGAGUAAACUGGAGGCAGAGGCAAGAAGAAGUGCAGUUAAGAAGCAAAUGUCCUCUUACCACCACUCCCAGAAAAAGAGAUCUCUAAACUCAGAGGCAGGAAGGUACCAUGACAGCAGUGGUUACACCAAUAACCUACAGAAUUUUCACUGCAUGGAUGGCCCAGAACGAGUCGGUAUCUUCACAGACACCAAUUUUUCAAUUCCAGCCCAGUCCUACCCUUCUCUGCAGAGCACAGACCUCUACAAGGCACCUUAUGACUCAGCCAGCUUCCAAGAGGACCAGCUUUCACCAUACCCUAAAUGCCCAAAUCCUAGGAUCUACAUGCCCAGGCCGUGCAACUAUGAGUUUGGAGUUCCUACCUUUAUAAGCUCAAGUCCUUACCCACCAUUUUACAAAGAUCUGACCAGUCCAGCCAUUGAUGCAGACCCC